CGCGCGCUCGUAACCAUGACGCCAUUUUGAUUCGCAAAAAUAUGACAGAGUUUUUCCUGCUUUGCGUCUUAAACUUCUCCCCGCGGUGGAAUCACUGUGCGCGGGAGUGAAGGAGCCCCUCCGCGCGACGGACCGGCUGCCGGUACCGUUGUCAAGUGGCCGUGACCGUCUGGGAACCGUGGAUUUGAUAGACUUGAAAACACCAAUGGACUAACGCGAGCUAAGUUGAGCUAGCUCCCAGUAGCGGACUGCCUCUUCACAACAAACCACUGAUGGUGGAGCUAACGGCUAGCUCGCAGCUAGGCUAGGAGCUCGCUGCCGGACGGGGAACUCAACUACCAACCUCGGACCAACGGAAGGAGUAGCAGCGGUAUUUUGUUAGCCAAAGCGGGUGAUGGAGAGGCCCGUGUGUUAGGCCCACGCUGGUCGCCGCCUCGCCGCUCUCUGCACACACUCAGAUGCCCGGCUGCCCGCGGGGGAGGGCCGAGUGAAGAGGUCCACGGGUACCACGCCUCUCUGCCGAGGGGCUGUGCCCCCCAUCCCGGCGGCCACCAUGUUUUGGAAGUUCGACCUGCACACCACGUCCCACAUCGACCAGCUGCUGGACAGGGAGGACGUGACGCUGAGGGAGCUGAUGGAGGAGGACGACGUCCUGCAGGAGUGCAAGGCCCAGAACCGCCGGCUGCUCCUCUUCCUCUCCCAGGACCACUGCAUGCACGAGCUGGUCAGCCUCAUCACCACCGAGCCGCCGGCCGAGCUGGAGGAGCGCAGCCGCUUCAAGUUUCCCAACAUCGCCUGUGAGCUCCUGACAUCCGACGUGUCCAUCAUCAACGACAAGCUGGUCACCAACGAGUCCCUCCUCGAGGUGCUCUACCACUUCCUGGAGCAGGACCCGCCCCUCAACCCGCUCCUGGCCAGCUUCUUCAGCAAAACCAUCGGCAACCUCAUCGCCAGGAAGACCGAGCAGGUGAUCUCCUUCCUCAAGGUAAAGGAAGGCUUCAUCGGUCUGGUGCUGAAACACAUCGACGCCUCGGCCAUGAUGGACCUCCUGCUCCGCCUCAUCAGCUGUGUGGAGCCCGCCCCCUUGAGGCAGGAGGUCCUCCAUUGGCUGAACGAGGAGAAGCUGGUCCAAAGACUCACGGAGCUCAUCCACACCGGCGACGACGAGGAGAGACAAUCAAAUGCAUCCCAAACGCUCUGUGACAUCAUCCGCCUUAGUCGAGACCAGGCCAAUCAGAUGCAGGAGAAUAUGGAGGCCGACCCCCUAUUGGCCGUGCUGGAGUCAGCAGGAGGCGUGCUUGAACUCCUGAAACGCAUGUUCGAGGAGAAGGCUGCCAUCAUCGAUCAGACUCAAGUGCUGCUCACCUUACUGGAACCAGGCGGUCUGGGUGAGGCUGGAUCUGUAUUCUCAGAGGUUAUGAAGCGGUCUUACACUGUCAGCAGUAUUCUAAAUACCAUUGAGCCCCAUUUAAAGGACUUCCAGCAGAUUCUCGUGGGUCCCAGUGAAAGCCCGACGCAAGCCCUCCCUGAGGCCGUGUGUGUACCUGAUGGGUCAGCUGGGGGCGCCCGCCUUCACGUGGCCGGGCUGGUGGCCCUGCGCAGACCAAACCCCGGCGUCUGCCAGCAGCUCACAGACUAUACCAUGGAGCAGCUACUACUGGAUCUGUUCUUCAUCUCCUGGAAUAACUUUUUGCACUUCCAAGUGGAGCUCGUGGCGGCGAUCCUGAGCCAUCCUUCCUCAGACGAGCGGCCCGGCCCAUCCCUCCAGAACCACGGCGGGCGGCCCGCGGCGUCUCCCCCCCCCGAGGAGCACAACGCCAUCCACAACGACCUCGUAGCACAUCUCUUCCAGGAGAGUAAACUGGUGCAGAGGAUCCUGGACGCCUGGGAGGAGAACGACAAGAUACAGAGUGAAGGCGCCCCCAGGAGAGGAAACAUGGGUCACCUGACCAGGAUCGCCAACAUGGUGGUCCAGAACCUGGAGAAAGGACCAGAACCGUCCCAGAUCAUCGACCUCAUCAAAGAGCUGCCAGAGGAGUGCAGAGGGCGCUGGGAGAGCUUCGUGGACGAGAAGCUGAGGGAGACCAACCGGAGGAACACCGUGGAGCUGGUGAGCACCCACAACAUGCACUCGUCCAGUGAGGACGACGACAUGGAGAGCCCCUUCCCCAACGACCUGUCCCUGCAGCAGGCCUUCUCUGACUAUCAAAUCCAACAGAUGACUGCCAACUUUGUGGAUCAGUUUGGCUUCAACGACGAGGAGUUCAGCGAGCACGACGAGAACAUAAACAUACAUCUGCUGUCUGAGUCCCUGGUGUCCAUCGGCUCCUCCAUCUCCUCUAUCAAGAUGUUAAACUGUUCAACAUAA